AGCAUAUUGUUAAAAGCACGGGCGAAACCGCCCGGCAAAAAGCGGGGAGCGUUAAAUGCACGGGCGAAACCGCCCGGUAAAAAAAAAGGAAGGGGGCGCUGGCAGCCAGCCGGGCACGGACCCUCCGGGGAUAUGCCGGCGAAUUACCAAUAUUGCGGCCAAAGCAUAACGGCAAAAUUAAAAAAUAAAAUAAACCCGGGUAAUUACCGGAAGGGAUUAAGCAAGCUUAAAAAGGGCAUUUGCGAUUUCGUACCGCUUACAAUAACGCCCGACGCUACGUCGAAUACGUUGGAAAGGGCCGUUAAGCUACCGAAACAAAAUACCAAAAAAGCCCCGCAAAUUCCCGACGAUUUCGAAAACCUUUUCGUAAAAAAGCUGCAAAAAAUAAACGAUGCGUUAAAAGCCCAAAGCAAGCGCGCCCGUUUAAUUUAA